AUGUUAGCGGAACUUCCAAAUGCAGUGGGAAAUUUCAUACAUUUGAGGUAUCGCUAUUUAGUCAAUUAUUAUGGAGAUGCAUUGCCUGAAACCAUUUGUAAUCUUUGCAAUUUACAAAUUUUGCAUAUUGAAUUUGCUGGUAGGUUACUAAAAUUGCCACAAGGGAUGGAUAAAUUAAUUAACCUAAGACAUUUUAAGUUGGAUUGCAAAACCAUUGGGUAUCCAACUAUAAAUUUUGCAAGAGGGUUUGGGAGAUUGACUUCUCUUAGAACAUUAAAGUAUUUCAGCGUAAAUGGUGAGGAUGAUACCCAAAGAUGUAAAUUGAGAGAACUAAGAAAUUUGGACCACCUUCAAGGGACUCUUCAAAUAAAUGGGUUGGGGAACGAGGUAGAUCAAUGUGAGGCCACGAAUGCACAACUGAAGAAGAAGAUAAACCUUCUUACUUUGGAGCUAUUGUUUCACCUAUACAAAUGGGAUCCUAAGGAAAUAACAAGGGGGAUGGAUGAAUUAGUUUUGAAUGCCUUAGAGCCACCUCCUAACUUGGAAAAUUUAAGCAUUCUUUACUACAAGGGACCGACAAUGUCUCAAUGGAUGGUGUCCUUGACCAAUUUGAAAAAGCUUCUUUUUGAGCAUUUAUUUAUAGAGCAUUUGCCUCCUCCAGGGAAACUUCCGGUCCUCGAAUCAUUGAAAAUAGGGAAGAUUAAUAGAUUGAAAAAGUUAGGGGUUGAAUUUAUGGGAAUAGAAGAAUCCGAAAAGAAGGAGAAAGACGAUAUAUUAAUAACGCUAUUCCCAAAUUUGAUAUACCUCAAAUUUUCCGAAUUAAUAGAGUGGGAAGAAUGGAAUGGGAUUGGAGGAGAAGAAGAAGAAGACUACUGUACCAGAAGAUUCGCUAUAAUGCCACGUCUUCAACAUUUGAGUAUCUGGGGUUGCCCAAAGUUAAAGUCGCUACCGAACUUCCUUCGUAUAACUCCAUUACAGGAAUUGACAAUGUAUAUAUGUCCAAUUCUGGAGGAACGCUACAAAAUAGGGACAGGAGAGGAUUGGCCCAAGAUUUCCCAUAUCCCUAAUAUCGACUUUCAUCCAUUUAGCCCGACAGAAAAUAGCUCCAAUGUCUACCUCCUUCUAUUUCGUUUACGGUUUUCCUCAUUUUCUUGA